AUGCAUACUGCCCUCAGAGAAACAUGGUUGGCUACACUGGCUACAAUAAUUCCAGGUCGAGAAGGUCGCUCUACGAUCAACGAGCUAGUGCAGUUUCGCUACCCCCUUUUAUCACACUCUCACCCCCCCGUGACCCCUUGCCUAGUGGACGUCGCCGCAAAGAGGCCGCCCAAAGGCAAGAACUCCCAGAGUCAGGAACACCCCAAUCGACAGCAGUCAACGGCGGAGCCGAUUGACAGUGUCGUCUACGACGACGGCAGACCAGUCAACUCAAUAGGCAAUCUUCUUCCCAAACAAACGGAGCCAUGUAUCAGGAAUCCGCACUGCUCUCGGUUUUCUCACCCGUUUGACUGCUCCCUGGUCUGCAGACUCAAGAUGAACCAGCAGAGCAGUGAUAUGAGGGCCGCUGGCUCUUCCUCACCCUCGGCCCAUUCAGCCGAUAGCUCACCCUCCCAAAUUUCACCCAGAAAUACAGGCCAAGGAUCGGUCCCGCAAGUAACUUACCCUCUGGACACCGCACGGAGUAUCCCAGAAUCUCGUCCAGCCCGUCUUAUAUUGCCACCCCACGACUUCGCAUCAGCAGAAAAUGCAUCUGGUAUGGCAUCGCAGCACUCUCCUCAAGCAGACUUCAUGCACUAUUACAGCGCACAACGCCAUCAGCAGCACUACCAGGGAGUUCCGCUGUACGAUAGUUCGGAUAAUACACUCCCCAUAAAGAAGAAAGCCCUAUUUUCUGCACCCUCUAGCAGCGGGGCUAGCAAUACUCACGAAACCGGCCUAGGCAUUCCCUACUCCUCCGGAGCCUGGCGUGGUACAAAGCCUGUCACCACGACCCCCACCAAGAUAUCCCUACCCCAAAAUGCGUACCCCCUUCCUCAGCCUUUGCUAGAGAACAAGCUUCCCAGGGAACAACUAUUCCUCGAGUCUUACAAUCAAACAGACCACGCCGGUGCGGUGGCUACGUGCCGUCUAGAGCGAGUGCCGUUACCGAUGCUGGAGAAAGUCCCUGGAGGCCCUACUCCUUGCCGCAUGCGCGUGGACGGGCCCUUGGUGCGGGUUCGCCUGCCCCAUCUACCGGAAGUAGAUGGUGACAUAAAACGCUUCUGUCAGAGAGUAAUGAUGGCAAUCAGCGGGGCAGCCGAUGACUGCCGCCGGCUUGUCAGUCCCUGCACAGAGCUGAGGCUCCCUAAGCUUAACUGCUACGCCCCACAGCCCACAGCCAUCCAAGAGUGCAAGGAAUGCGGAUACAAGGGACACUACUGCCCAGAGUGCGGAUCAGGACAAAAAGCUGGGGAUAUCCCUCUUGUUGGCGCGGCAUACGCAAGGAUCCAGCCAUCUAGGGGCAUCUUGGUACCCCAAGAAGGCUACCUCGAGCGUUGCAUGCGUUGGCACUGGUCGCUGUUUGAAGAAGUGGGUAGCGCAAUAGACCAAGAAAUCCUGUGCGACCGGACGGGAGGCCUCUUCAGGGAGUUCGGGGAGUUCGUUGACAAUUUGGUAGCGGAGGGAAUACAUGCAGUCAGUUUCGGCUUUGCGGGACUAUUUAGCGCUAUACCUGGAAGAAGCCGCACUAUUGUUGAAGGCUACCCAAUGUAUGAACCCGAACCGAAGUUCAUUCGCAAGGAAAGACCCACUAGCGCAACAGGUAGCGCUUGCGUAGACCAUGUGAACGCCUUUCUGGAUGCCUGCCUCACCAAUCCCUCAAGCUUCCCACUGGAACUCCAGCCUCCCCCAGUUCCGGAUACCCAAAAAACUGGCAACUGGCUCAUUGACUCUGCCAAUGCUGCACUUGACUACUGCCUCCAAGAUCGCACACCGCCGCCCCUGCCGCCUCUUAAGAAAAAGAUAUGUCCAAUUGAAAUGCUUAUUCCUCCAUGCUGUCGCGAACGACCUUCUGUCCCCCCGCCUUCUCCAAAACAGCCGAUGUGCCCUCUUUUCGAGCACUGCAUGGGCAAAGGCCGCAACUGCCCGCAUUGUCAUCAGGCGAUCCGUCCAUCAGGGGGCAAAUGUCCUAAGGAAGAUGUAGGAGGAUGCCAGAUACAGCUUUGUCCGAUGCAAGAACCUGAAAUUGCCGUAUUUCCCACCGGUCCAGCUCUGGUUUACCCAUACACAGAGGACGCGUUUGACGUGAGGGACAAAUCUGGCUUGGUUGAAGUGCUGGACGACAGUGCGGAUGGAACACCCUGCAGACACAUAACCGUCCUGUCCGAGCCAGUCAAAAAUUACUAA